AUGGUCGCUAGCUCGGAAGAUAUCAAGGCCAAUGAUGCCAGAGAGAACAGAAACUCCCAAUUUAAGGACUUCUUCUCUCAACCGGUGACCGCUGCUUUCUGCGCCGGUGGUGUUGCUGGUGCCGUAUCGCGAACCGUCGUAUCUCCUCUCGAGCGCCUGAAGAUCCUCUUUCAGGUGCAAAGCGCCGGCCACAAUGAAUACAAGCUAUCGGUAGGCAAGGCGCUUGCUAAGAUGUGGAAGGAAGAGGGCUGGAGAGGUUUUAUGGCUGGUAACGGAACCAAUUGCGUUCGCAUCGUCCCUUAUUCCGCAGUGCAAUUCGGCAGCUAUAACCUUUACAAAAGGCACUUCUUCGAGAAGUACCCAAACGCUCCUUUAGCUCCUCUCGAGAGGCUUGUGUGUGGCGGCAUAGCGGGCAUCACCUCAGUUUUCUUUACAUAUCCGCUCGAUAUCGUACGGACUCGAUUAUCAAUCCAAUCGGCGUCGUUUGCCGCGCUCAGCAAUACCCCAAAAGACAAGCUCCCGGGUAUGUGGUCUACAAUGGCUGUGAUGUAUAAGCAAGAAGGCGGCGUGGCUGCUUUAUACCGCGGUAUAAUACCUACAGUCGCAGGAGUAGCGCCAUAUGUAGGGCUGAAUUUCAUGACAUAUGAAUUCGUCCGCAAGUAUCUAACACCCGAGGGUGAUGAAAACCCCAGCGCAGCACGGAAGCUGCUGGCCGGCGCCGUAUCAGGCGCCGUUGCUCAAACAUGCACUUAUCCAUUUGAUGUCUUGCGGCGAAGAUUUCAAAUCAACACCAUGUCUGGAAUGGGCUACAAAUACAAGUCGAUAGGAGACGCUGUUAGGGUAAUAAUAUCCCAGGAAGGACCAAAGGGCCUAUAUAAGGGUCUCAUUCCAAACUUACUCAAGGUCGCCCCUAGUAUGGCCGCCAACUGGCUUAGCUUUGAAGUCACUCGAGACUUUUUGGUCGGCUUAAAGCCAGAACCAGCGGAUCUAUAA